AUCCCCUAGUUAGCACAUUUGGCACAUGUUUUAUUGUAUUUUAUCCUAUAUAAACUUUAACUGUACCUUUCUAAGGUUGCAGAAUCCUUGCCCUCUGAAAAGAGUAACAAUAAAUCUUUUCCACCUUGAAUUAAAGAAUGCUUGAGUCUGUGAAUUCAUUCCAGACAACCUGUCCUGUACUCUGGUCUUUGAGGGGUCACAACCUCUCAACCUCUCAGCCCACAACAUUUAUGGCGCCCAACUUGGGGCUAGCCUGAAGUCGCAAGCCUUCUUCCACUCAAGGGUUGUCCAGAUGGAAAGAGUGUUGAUGAAUCUGCUUCCCGCACAGUGAGAGUAUGGAGAGAAAAGACCCACCCAGAAGCAGCCCGAGAAGGCUAUUGGCUAAACUUGGCAAAGUAAUGGAGAGAAAACAAAUGGCUCAUCGCUUCAGCAUGGCAGCUGCUGAGUCAGAUAAGGACUCUGGAUUUUCAGAUGGAAGCUCAGAGUGCUUGAGCUCUGCAGAGCAAAUGGACUCAGAGGAUGUGCUGAACACCCUAGGCUGGCACGGAGAAGAUGGGCCCCGACAGAACUCCACAAUAGCGAGUAAUUCCUUUCCAGCUCUGUCUUCCAUGGUUGUCAUGAAGAAUGUGUUGGUCAGACAGGGCAGAAAUUCAUCCCAUCUCCAGUCUUGGACUGUCCAGCCCUCUUUUGAAGUGAUUCCAGCUCAGCCACAGCUAGUAUUCCUUCAUCCAUCUGUGCCACCUCCUGUCAGCCCAUACCCUGCUGGCGAAAAGAAAAAUGACUCCAGAAACUACUUGCCUAUUCUAAACUCUUACACCAAAAUAGCUCCACAUCCAGGCAAGAGGAGCCUUGCCCUCACCCCAGAGGACAGAGGAGAAACCGGGGUGCAGAAGCGAGUCUGUACAGAGAGACGCCGGACAAGCUUGUCUUCCACUGGGCUAACCAAGACCAAUACUUUUCCAUCUAACCCUUCUGCUCCAGGGCCACCCAACACAAAACGCGCUCAGGAGUCGGUUCAGCAACGUUUGUCAUCUUUGGUGACAAGUCUGCAAACUGUUCCUGGUAGUCCAUCAGUGUCCAGUAGCCGUAUGGCUAAAACUCCAAAUUUGACUUUUGCUUCCCCUGCUAGCCCCCUUGGCUCAUCUGAUAGCACUUUGCAUGGGUUAGAGAGUCCCAUGCCACUGUCGGCGUUAUCAGCUCCCUAUGGCCCACCUGGAGCAGGAGACCAAGUCCGCCAGCCUCUGGAAACCUUCCCUGAGCAGCAGCAGAGCAGGCACAGGCGCUUCCGGAACACCCUGGUGAUCUUGCACAGGUCCGGCUUGUUGGAGAUCACUUUGAAAACCAAGGAGUUGAUUCGGCAGAACCAGGCAACUCAGGCUGAGCUGGAUCGGCUGAAAGAGCAGACGCAGCUCCUGAUGGAGGCCACAAAGGGCAGUGCUCCUCAGGCUUGGGCCAGAUUACAGGAGUCUUUAACGUCUGUGUCCAGCCCGACUGGAAGUCACUUUGAGGCGCUAUCUGCUCAUGCAAACAUAUAGCCUAGGAGGCGUAUUCUGCCAUCAUCUGAGUGAUGCUAGUGCUUCUUACUGAUACUUGCUCCUGUCCCCCAAAGCUUCUAAAGGAGCUUUCUUUUUGUUUUAAAGUUGAAGAGUAUGCUCAUGAGGCUCACUUGUGAGAGCACCUGCCGUUAACUGGCUCUUGUUGCUAACCUGUGCACUGUGCCCGUAUUAUGUCACACUUCAACAGGAGCCUCAGGCUGGAGCUGUCCCUGGACCCUGCAUGAAUCAGGUGGUAGGAAUAAGAGACACAUGCUAUGGGGAUAGGAGAGAUUAUUCUUCUGAGCUCUCCUAGCAAUUAUCCAUUCAUUAAGGAGGCUUACAGAUGCAUCAGCAUGGGAAAGAACACACACACACAUGCGCGCGCACACGCACACACACACACACACACACACACACCCCUCUGCACACACAUACACACACAAUGGGUCCUGUGGAAUCUGUUAGACUGGAGAGUAGAGAACCCAAAGGGUUCUGAUGGAUUUUUGCUUACUUGUCUUAGUCACAUCUAAAAACAGGUGGAGGUAUGCCUACAUUAUUGCUGCAUUCCACAGAUAGAAUGCCACUUGGUCCAAAUCUGAAAUUCCUUUGGUGCAAGUUUGUUGUAAUAUGCAAAGCAGCCUAAUCACUUAAGAUUUAAUUUUCUUAAACUGGAGAAUUGAGGUGAAAGUGUAAUAGCAUUAGACUGACAUUAGCUGCAGAUUUUUGCAUACAAACCAGAUUGCUCUGCAUCAGGGCUUUACACCUGAGCAAAAUAAGAUUUCUGAAGUAUUUAGUGGAUUGCAUAACAUCUAGAAUUCUCUAAUAAGAACCUGGCAGUGUUGUUGUUUGAUGGAUUGAUUGUUUGACUUGGUAGCCUGGAGAAAGUUACCAAGAACUCAUAUCAUUUUGUUUGUAUCCGUCUAGUUCAGGUGGCUGUGCUUUUAUUCCUCUUCAUCUGUGAGAUAACUGGACCUGUAUUGAGUCUAAAAAUUCUCACAUCAAUUUGAGGGGAUGCCCAAAGUGAAGUUUACCCUGCGCUUCCCUCACUCUCUUGAAGGUGUGAGGGAAAAAAGGAGAGCUCUUUUAGGGGGCAUACCUCGAAUUCUGUAAAAUUCUCCUGAGAUUGUGAGCUUCUCUUCAAGUUUAUCACUUUCCCUUCAAAUCCUAAAACUUGCGCUGGCUUCCAGUAUUACAGAGGGGCUGAUGAUAUCAUACCAUCUUCCAUCAUCUGUUUGAGAUUGCUGAAUCUGCUGUAGAGACUUAGGUCACUGAUCCAAGUUCAUAUGGAAAGGAAGGAUAUGAUCAGAUUUCCUAGACUUGACAAAAGCAUGACGCUUUUCUGUUGGAGCAGAAAGGUAAAACAGGUUUUUAGGUGAUAAAGUCGUAGGCCCAGAAAACUUUGUAAUCCUUUGAUUUAAAUAUCUCGUUAUCUGGAGUUCUACCUCUGUGUGUAGGAAAUAAUUUUCAUUAUGCAGAUAACAGAAAAAUAUGCAGAGACUUCAGCUUUUCAACAAAGAAAUUCUUGAAGUUUGAACAAGCUGAGGGUAAUCCUCUUUAUCUUAUGGGAAUAACUCUAACAUAAUAGAAAAUUUCUUACUUGGAUCAUAGGAAAAGGACCCAGAGCCCCACCUCCCUUCCUUUUUUGGUAUUCAGAAAUUAAGAUUUUGAAACCGUUGAUUUCAAAAGAAUCAUACAACAUAGGCAUUAAUAAUUCUUAUUACGUUUAUCUAGACUCUGCUCUAAUCAGUGCAGAAUUUUUACCUGCCUUGUGUUUUCUGGAGAAAGUUCAAUCAAGAGCAAGUUGUGGCACCAAACAGAGUCUCUUGUCCUUUGACGAUCUUCUGGCCCAACUCGCUUACUUCCUCUGUGUCUGUUUGCAUGGUACUAGAGCAGUGGCACACUGUGCAGCCUGCUAAGAAACUUCCUUUUGGCAGAUCAAUUUGGCAUUGAAGCCAUAGAGCCAGGUGCUUUCCGGAACAGCCUGGACACCACUUAUGAGCCUUACUGUUUGGCAGAACUGAGAACACUUACUGGGAACCAAAUUUAUUUCAUCAGAAAAAUCCGCUGUGGAGCUGUAAGCUUCUUGUGUUCUUCUUCCCAGAUUAAGGUUUCCAUUUUGCUUAGUGUCACAGCAAAAGAUGAUGAAAGUGGUCAUUGAUCCUUAUUACUAAAUGGAGAUAAGAAACAGAUAUGAUUCAGGAUAAUCUUUCUGUUCUAGAUGCCUCAGAGCUGGAAGCCUUAUUAAGAUUGUUUUUCUCUCUUUGAUUAAACUGUAAGUAGCUAGAUCUGAAUGGAGAAUCUAGACAUGGGAAGGUGGAGGGAGAUGCAUUGAGGCCAGCAAACUGGACCAGAAGCCAGAUCUGCGUGUGGGAAAACGACUCUUGGGCUGAUCAGGAAGAUAUCUGCUCCACUGGUUGGACGAGGCUGUAAGUAGCAUUGGUCUCGCAGAUGCGUAGUGGGGUCUAAUAUAUGAAGCAGCAAAUAUUUUCUGUGAGUGAUAAGUCAGUCGUGGCAUAGAUCUUAUCCAGAAGGUGCCCUAGGUGUAUUUUCAGCCCCUAGAAUUUUAGCUGUUACUAUGAACAACAUGGAAAUGCCUCUAGAAAAAAAAUGAUAUUGGAUUAAAUUGGUUGUGGAAAUGGAGUCAAUGAAGUUUGUAAUCAAUAACUUUUUUGUUGCCUUUUUUCUCCUAAUUCUAGUAUUGAUGUAUGACCCUUAUGACUCUCCUCCCCCUCCCAAUUUCAUGCUACCUGUAGCUAGGAUGUAACUGUUAUGCAUACAUUAAUAUGCAUAUCCAGCUGUGAAUUCUGUAGGGUAGAAAUGUCUUUUGGGGGAAGGAUGCAAUUUUGCAGAAAUUGACUUGACUGUGAAAUUUGAAAGAGAAAUAAAAGUCACCUACUUGAAAAAUG